AACUCUUUGGGCUCAUUUCUUAAACAAAUUCAGAAUGCUCAAGUUUGCGCUGCUAUUUUCACUUGUGGCUUCGAAAUCGAUCGGUUCUCUGAGUGGAUUACAAUCUGUUUGCCUACUGGAAGACCCGAUAAAUCAAUGUGGGAACUUCUGCAUGACAUCACUGGCGCCCAUGUUGAAUCACAUUCGUCAGCACCAAGAUGCGUGGGCCGCCAAUGAUAUCUUGAUAAAGAAAACGGAGGAGAGGCUGGACAGGAUUGAAGGCCUGCUGACCGCCUUAAAACACUUGAGGCAGAAAGGCCUAGAGGAUACCUGGCCGCAGGAUUUCAAGGCCAAACUGGACAGGCUGGAAAGUCAGCAGGGGGAUCUGUUGAAGAAGCUGGAAAAAUUCGAUAGGAAAAUCGUGCCACCCAAGUUCGAACUGAUCGGUUCAAGGUUCUUCUACAUCGAGGGAGAAACUCGAAAGAAUUGGCCCGCUGCUGCAAACACCUGUCAACAAAUGGGCGCUCAACUGGCAGUUAUUCGAAAUGAAGAGGAGUUGAAGGCCCUCAAGGCGAAACUACCGAAAGAUCGCAUCUAUUGGUUGGAUCUUAAUGAUCUGGAAACUGAGGGGGAGUUCAAAUCUUCAGCCACCGGUAAGCUGGCAACUUUCUUGAAGUGGAGAGCUGGACAACCCAACAAUUCCAAUGGCAGUCAGCACUGCGUGAACAUCUUGGACGGACUUAUGUAUGAUAACAAAUGUGAUAGCCUGAGCUAUUUCAUUUGUCAGUCGGACGAUGGCAGUUUACUUUAAGACCACAUAAGCUCCAUCAAUAAAUAUAGUCAACGGAAAGAAAUUAUUAUUACUGCACAUGUAGUAUCCCAUAAAUUAAGUACAAUGUUUGGGAAAAAGAUUCUAAAAAAGGGACAAUUUCAGAAUACAAUUUUAUGGAAUUU